AUGUCUCGAUACGGCGACUACCGUCGCUCUACUGGGGCUCUCGACGAGGACCACUAUUCGCGGGAACGUGAGCGUCACCGUCACCGUCACCGUUCACGUGGACCCCCGGUACUCGAGCGCCCCCGCCGUGUCGAAGAGGAUGAUCGCUUCGAAUAUCGCCUUCAGGAACAGGAGCGAUACGGCCCCCCUGCCCGUCGCUCCGAAAUGUUCUACGAGGAUGAACAUCUAGCCUACUCCCCAGGUCCGCUGGUCACCUACCGCCAUGCCGAGAGCCCUCCCCCGCGCCCGCGCCUUCUGCGCCGGCAGUCUUCCCUGGACACUUUUGACCGCCCAACACGCAAGAUCGAUGAAUAUUACUAUAGCGACUACCCGCCUAGAGCUCCUCCUAGUCCCCCGCCAAUGCGAAGACGGGGCUCUUUCCACCGUGUUCGUUCGCCCGACUACUACGAGGAAAUUCGUAUUGCGGAACCAGACUACUAUGGCGACGAAGAGUACCGGGAGUUCCGUGAGCGGGAUCGGAUUGUCGAGCGCCCACGUCGCUCAGUGAGUCGGUUUCGUGAGAGAAUGGUAGAGGAAGUCGACGUGGAGAAACCGUAUCCUCGGAAAGGCAAAACUCGCAUGCCUCGCAAACUGGUUCACACCAGCGCGAUCCGCGAAUUUGGCUAUCCGUAUGAGGAAGAGGGGAAAAUGAUCAUCAUCCAGGUUGCUCUUUCUAAGGAGCAGAUCGACGAGGUCAUCAGUCGAAGUCGUGAGAUGAAGCGCAUGACCGAGACACGUUAUAAGCAUACUUCCUCACCCUCACCCGUCCGUGACAGAAAGCGCGAACGCAUAGUGGAACGAAUCGCUAUGGACAGUUACACCCCCCGCACGAGCCAUGAGACUUUGCUCAUCGAGCCAUCUCCAUCCCGGCACCGGUCGCGGUCGCGCCAUCACCAUCACCAUCACCACCAUGGCGAGCUAGAGGAAAAGAAAAUAACCAGGACGGUCUCUCGGACACGAAACGUGUCGGUCCAGGGUCGCCCUCGCCGUCGGUCAUCGCCCGUGCGUAGAAUUGAGCGGUAUGACGAUGGAGCGCAGUCCACUAAGCUUCAGUCCGGCCCACUUGCCAUCGUUGUACGCCCGCGAGACAGCGAUGACGAUCUGCGGGAAUACACGCAAUUCGAGCGACGUGGCGGUGGAGAGAUGAUCCGGGACACGGAGAUUAUUGGCGACGGCGAAGAAGAGGAGAUCCUCGAGGUGAAAAAGGAUCGCAGAGGUAGGAUGAGCCUUGUCCGACGCAAGCGCGAUGCUGCCUGGGUGCCUGGCUCAUGCCGGCAUGAAACCGUGGCGGUACCAGCGAUACGAAGGCGGUGUCGCACCAAUGAACGGAAAAUAUAUCGUGCUUUACUCGGAAACUCAAGAGACUUAGUGUCCAACUACAUCAUGGAUAAGUUCCAGGCGUUCGGAAAGAACCUCAGCGCGAGCUUCUCGCCCUUUGCUGCGCGCACUCAGCAGAUGAUCAAGGAGCAGCUCGGCCAGGCCGACGACCGGACUCAACUCCCCGAUGAGUACAUCGAGCUGGAGAAGCGGGUGGAUGCCCUGAAGAUUGUCCACCAGAAGCUCCUUCAAGUGACUUCCCAAUACUCCAACGAGGCGUAUGACUACCCGCCCAACAUUCGCGAAUCCUUCAACGACAUGGGCCGCACCAUCAGCGAGAAGGUCCAGCUCCUUUCCCAGGCCUCCUCUCCCGCCGAGGCUCAGGCUGCCCUGACUGCCCCUCCCUCGGCCAAGCCGCAGCCCAAGACCUUUAACCACGCUAUUGCCCGCGCCUCUCUGGCAGGUUCCCAGACUCUGGCGCAGAGCUCGCAUGGUGAGGACCCUCUGGCCACUGCGCUGGAGAAGUACGCUUUGGCGUCGGAGAAGGUGGGCGAGGCCCGUCUGGCCCAGGAUGCUCAGAUCCAGUCUCGCUUCUUGGCUGGCUGGAACACCACUCUUAACACGAACUUGAUGUUCGCGGCGAAGGCACGUAAGAACGUCGAGAACGCUCGUCUUAUGCUCGACUCAAUCAAGGCAAGCAAGAAGGCCGCAGUCAGGGGUGACUGGGACAGCCUGAGCGAGGAGGCUCGUGCGGAGAUCGAACAGGCAGAGGAUGAGUUCGUCGGACAGACCGAGGAGGCUGUGAGCGUGAUGAAGAAUGUCCUCGAUACCCCCGAACCUCUGCGGAACCUGGCCGACUUGAUCGCGGCGCAGCUAGAGUACCACAAGCGGUCUUACGAGAUACUCAGCGAGCUGGCUCCUGUUGUCGAUGGCUUGCAGGUUGAGCAAGAGGCCAGCUACCGUAAGAGCCGUGAGGGCGCUUAA